AUGGCUACCAGCCGCAUGAUUGCUUCCAGCCUGAAGAGGUCAUCAGCCAAGAUGGAUAGAAUCUCUGAACAAAGGGAAAAAAAAUACAAGGGGGUCUUUGAGGUGUUUGAUGAAGAGGGUAAUGGAAAGGUGAAACUGGGAGGGUGGGAGCAGCUCAUGAGCCUGCUGGGAAUCAGCUUCACCAAGAGUAAGCUGGCCUUCUUGGGCAAGGAUGUGGACAGAGGCAACAACGGGUUCUUUAGCUACGAUAGCUUCCUGGUGUUGUUGUUGAUUUACUAUGAGAAAGCCCACAACCAAGCGGGCAAGCUAAGGGGCUUUGACAAGGACACCAAGAACUACAUAAACUGGAACACACUCAAGGAGGGCCUUGGGCUUAGGGGGUGGGGUGGUGACUGA